GGGCGCAGCCAAUCCAGCUGUCCCAGGGAGGAAGAGGAGGAGUCAAGGCCCACCCCCGGACUCCGCAGUGCUCACUCCCGCGCUGUGUGUUUGGCCCCGCAGCCGCGUCUGGGCCCUGCACGUUCGCCCAUCGCAGCCUCUUCUCAGCACAGACAUGGCCUCGGGCGCUGCUACCACUGCGGUGAAGAUUGGAAUAAUUGGUGGAACAGGCCUGGAUGAUCCAGAAAUUUUAGAAGGAAGAACUGAAAAAUACGUGGAUACUCCAUUUGGCAAGCCAUCUGAUGCCUUAAUUUUGGGGAAGAUAAAAAAUGUUGAUUGUGUCCUCCUUGCAAGACAUGGGAGGCAUCACACCAUCAUGCCUUCAAAAGUCAACUACCAGGCGAACAUCUGGGCUCUGAAGGAGGAGGGCUGUACACAUGUCAUAGUGACAACGGCUUGCGGCUCCUUGAGGGAGGAGAUUCAGCCCGGUGACAUCGUUGUCAUCGAUCAGUUCAUUGACAGGACCACCAUGAGGCCCCAGACCUUCUAUGAUGGAUGUCAUUCCUGUACCAGAGGAGUAUGCCAUAUUCCAUUGGCUGAGCCGUUCUGCCCCAAAACAAGAGAGGUUCUCAUAGAGACUGCUAAGAAGCUAGGACUCCGGUGCCACUCAAAGGGGACAAUAGUCACAAUCGAGGGACCUCGGUUUAGCUCCCGGGCAGAAAGCUUCAUGUUCCGCACCUGGGGGGCAGAUGUUAUCAAUAUGACCACAGUUCCAGAGGUGGUUCUUGCCAAGGAGGCUGGAAUUUGCUAUGCAGGCAUCGCCAUGGCAACAGAUUAUGAUUGCUGGAAGGAGCAUGAGGAAGCAGUUUCAGUAGACCGGGUUUUAAAGACCCUGAAAGAAAAUGCCAACAAAGCCAAAAGUUUACUCCUUACUGCCAUACCUCAGAUAGGAUCCAUGGAAUGGUCAGAAACCCUCCAUAACCUGAAGAAUAUGGCCCAGUUUUCUGUUUUAUUACCAAGACACUAAAAUCGUUUUUUAUUACUGCUCAGAAGAAAAGAAGACUUUACAGUUAUUUUGGAUAUUUUGCUUACCUUGAGGGGAAAACAAAACAAAAACUUGGGAAAGACAUGCAGCUUAUGUGUCCUUGCCUGCAAAAGAAGAGCAGGUAGAAAGACAUCGCACGUAUUGGAGACUCUGCCUUAAAAAUUGAGACUGUUUGAGAGCAAUGAGGAAAAGCAAAUGAACAGGAAAUCUUACAUUUUGGGAAAACACCAAGAAGAGAGCAUUCUCACCUCACUUCCCUUAUUAAGUUUGCAACAAUAAAGAUUUGAGGGUAAUACUCACUUUCCUACAUUGACAUGGAAUAUGGGGAAGAAAUGGGACUCUGGUUAUUUAUUAUAAAUUGGUACAAUCGUUUUGGAGGGCAGUUUGGCAAAAUGCAUCAGAAACCUUAGAAAUACUUAUGCACUUUGUUGGAAAGUCCUAGGAAUUUCUCCUUCAAAAAUUAUUGGAGAAUCAUACAAAAAACUAUGUAUGAAGAGAGAUGUUUAAUAGUUACUGUUAAGAUAGUAAGUUUUCACAACAAUCUGGAUUUCCAACAACUGAAGGUUAUUUAUGGUUUCAGUUAUCAUUAGAUUGUAAAGCAAUCAGCUGGCGAUCAUGUUUUCAUGUAAUAUUUAAUGUUCCAAAUAAAUUGUCCAUGUAUAUUACAGAAUGGGAAAAAAGAAAUCAUUUUCCUGUUCUAGAUUUGUUUUAAAAAUGCUAUGUAACUGUAAAAAGACUAGAAGGAAAUAUACAUAAUCUUUUGUUAUUGUAUUUGGGAGAGGAAUACUAAAUAAUUUUAAUUUUCUUUUGAAUCUUUCUGAAUCUUCACAUUUUUCUACAAUUAGUAAAAUAAUAAAGUCAUAAAAAUAAAAGUGGAUUUAAACACUUUCUGGUAAUGAAUCAAAAUUUAAGAGGAGUAUUGUUUAAGGAAGUUAGUUCUUUUUCUAUUAAAAAAGGACAGUUGGUUGCUACACAGUCAGCUUGGAUUUUCUUUCAUCAGCUUCCAGAAAAAAGCCACAUGAUUAAUUCUGAGAUUGUCUAAAUGUUGAAACUGUUAUAAGGGCUGUGGUUGUGGAUCAGGGGUAGAGCACUUGCCUAUCAUGUGUGAGGUACUGGGUUCCAUCCUCAGCACCACAUAAAUAAAUAAAAUAAAGUCCAUCAACAACUAAUAAAAAUAUUUUUUUAAAAAAACUUGUUUUAAAAAGUAAAUACACUUUAGUGUAUCUGGUAUUUUUAAACUAAUAUUUUUCUACUCCUUAUGAGUUGACAUUAUUUUUCAUGAGUUGGUGAUUCUUAUUUCUUCAUAGAAUUAAAAGUGAACCUUUUUACUAUAUAUUUUAUAUUAUUGAUCUUAUAGGAAUAUUUAAGUUUUGUAUUAUUAAGAGAUCAUUUUUUUUCCUCAGAUUCUUUUUUUUCCUAACAUGUUAUAUAUUACAAGAUACUUAGGAUAGGGGCAAUGGGAUCUUUUGUUUAAAAAGUAUAAAGGUAAUGUAUUUGUGUCUGAUAUUGACUUCAAGAUAAUAAGCUGCUAAGUGUAAAGAUUAAGGAAGCCAGUCACCCUCCAGCCAUGACACUGAGCCCUUUGGGUUACAUGUGAUUAUGACACUCGGACUCCUUGAUACAGUGGUUUCAACUCUGGUAGAGGUCCACAGAGAACGUGGGUUCUCCAGCUGUGGAACCCACAGUGUUCUGCACUGUAACACAGAUCAUACCUUACUUUGCAUCAUUAUUAGUAGGUGCCCAAGAAUGUCAAGGCAGAAGCGUGGGCAUUUGUAUUGCUGCCUUUAGAAAAUAGUUUUUUUCCCCACUUUGGAAAAGAACUUUUCUGUGUCUAGUAGCCUUUUCUAGCAGUUUCUUAAAUAGGGUAAAUUCUCAUAUUGCUUGUUAUUAAUCAUUCGCCCUGUAUACAGAGCCAGUAUAAUUUUCUUACCUCAUGUUUGGGGAUGUUGCUCAAUAUCUACUGGAACACUUCUCACUUCUCUGCUACUUGAUAUUUUUCCCCCCAGUACUAGGGCGUAAAACCCAGGACCUUGCGUGUUAUAGGCGAGUGCUCUACCACUGAACUGCGUCCCCCGCUCUAUUUUUUUUUUUAAUUAAGUGAACAGUAUAGUCAGUUUUGACCAUUUUGAAAGGAUGAUAGGCAUAUGGGAAAGCUCUGGCUUAGUGAUUUCGCAUCUUAUUUGAUUGGAUUCGCAUCUGCUUCAAGUGGGAUUUUUAUUGGCAUUAUAAUCUGAUCUUGUGUUUGUCAUUGAUGUUCAUAAUUUUAAGAAUGGCAACCCAAAUAAUUAAUAAGUGAAGUGUUACGUUUGAUACCUGAAAAUAUUUGGCAGAUUAACCUACAUGUAUUCAGAAAUUGUAACAGGUAAGUGCUGGGGAAUGGCUAAAAUUCUCAUUGACAUGAGCUGCUCUAAAUAAAUGACACAUCAUUUCAAA